AGCAACUAUGAAAGAUUUGUUCAGAAGCAUUAUGAUAAAAAGAGUUAUCAUCUACUUGCUGACUGUGACUGGUGUGCAAACAAUAGAACUUCACACUAAUGAGAAUGUAACAGUUAUCGAGGGUCAGUCAGUUACAUUACAGUGUGACUCUUCUAAAGAUGCCAAGAUAGCAUUAGUUGAAUGGAAGAAAUCCAGCAACAAAACAAAACUUGCAGUGUACAGUCCAAACGGCACACAUCAUCAUGAUAAACGAAUAACAAUGGAAGUCAACAAUCAUCGUUCCACAAUCUCAAUCAAAAAUGCUCUCAAAGACGAUGAGGACUGGUAUUUUUGCACAUUUCAGACCUUUCCAAAUGGAAAACAGGAGUACAAAAUAUAUUUGGAUGUAAAAGGUGAUGUAGGGAAAUCCCAAGCCUCUUCCUAUCUAGCCACUUACGUUGUCAUUGGUGUGGUUCUGGCAGUGCUGGCCAUUGGCAUGAUUCUUCUGUUGCUACACUAUGUUCAUGAGAGGAAGUCUAGAAUCAACAUUCCAAACCAAAUCAACAUUAUCCUGAAAAACACAGAUGACACCGAUAACCAGGACAACAAAUUACCGCUCAACAGGCCAAUGGUAACCAACAGUCAAUAUGAAGACACAGGCAUUGAUUAUAUGAGUGUCUCACUACAGUGAUAAUAUUCAGUUUCAUCGACAGACUAAAAAUUCACCAGUUUUGAGAAGACUGGAUCAUUUUGUGCUUUUUCAUUGGUGAAAUCAUGCACCAAGUAUUAGUGAAGAAAACAUGUUAAGGAUAAGAUGUGAAAACUCAACACAUGUAGCUAUCAAUCAUACUUAAAUUUCCAAAGUUGCCAUUGUGUUUAAAAGUAAUUCAUUGACACAGAAUCGCAAGUAAACCUUGAAAAUAUUCUGCAACGUUAUGACAUUUUUGUUAUGAAAAUUUAUUGCAUCUGUAUUAAGAAUCUGUUGUUAAAAUGAUCCACCACUUCUGAAGGUAUUCUGGAUAAUUUCCAGACACUGAUGCCAAUACUUAUUUUAGCCAUAAGUCAUCUUGUUCAGAUAAGGUAUUAAAAACAUAUACAGCAAAAUUCAAAUUAAACUUCUUUGCUUCAAAUAUAGGCAAAUGUUGAAGAAAUUAAGACAUGAAAACAUUAUUCUAUAAUUUCUAAAAUCACUUAUUUUGUUAAAAAGCUAUUGUUUCAUAUUCAGUUACAUGGUUUUCAGUUUCACACCUUGCCUCAAGAAGCCUUUUCCCUGACCAGUCUCUAGGCUAGAACUGGAUUUGUUCAAACUAGAUGCAGCAAUAAAAAUUAUUCCUGAACAAUAAAACAGCCUCUGUUUCAAACACUGCCCUACCUAAUGUACAACAGCUUUUCCUUGCUAAGGAGAAGGCACAUUAAAAUUAUUUUAAGUUAGUAAAUUGUGAUAGGUUUUGCAUAUCAAUUUAGUCUGUAAACAGUUUACAUGCUUAACUCUGCAUGAUGUGAAGAGGAAUCUAGGGCUCCAAGAAUUCUUAACCUGGUUCAGAUUCAUUCAUUCAAGAUAAUUUCCCAGUCAGUGGAAUCUAGCAGAAACACAUUGGCAGCAAGAAAAUUCAGAUUUGUACAAAGGAUUUACAAGGACGUUGCUGGGGUUGGAGGGUUUAAGAGAUAGGGAGAAGCUGAAUUGGCUGGAACAUUUUCCCCUGGAUCCUCAGAAGCUGAGGGGUGACCUUACAAAUGUUUGUGAAAUCCCAAGGGACAUGGAUAGGGUGAAU